AUGGUCUUCUCCUCGCCUUCUUGGGUGCCGCAGAUCCCCUGCGAGAUCCCAGACUCCGUUCCUGUCGGCCAGUUCGCUCUAGAGGGGAAUGCGAAACUUCCCCCGCAGUGCGGAGGCAAGCCGCCGUUCGUUUGCGCAAUAACGGGAAAGUCAUAUUCAAGCAAAACAGUCAGUGAUCGCGUAGACUUUCUAUCGCGAGCACUUGCGCGAGAGCUGGGAUGGUCUCCGAAUGAGGGGUCGCCGGAGGAUAAGGUUGUCGGUAUCUACAGCUGGAAUACGCUCGACUUCUUUGCGCUUUGCUGGGCUGUCCAUCGGCUCAAUGGUAUCUGUCUUCCGCUUCACCCGUUCAGUAUCGUCCCGGAGAUCGUGGCGCAUAUGAAGAAUGCGAAAUGCAAGGUCUUGGUCACUUGUCAGUCGCUUAUCUCGAAUAGUUUAGAGGCUGCGAAAGAGCUCUCGCUUCCGGAAGACAGGGUAUACACUAUGGCCCUGCCGGAGGGGUACAUCCAGAACCCGGAACCCAUUGAUCACCUCAAGUCGGUGGACCAAUUGAUCGCUGAUGGCGAGGAGUUGGAGACACUUCCGCCUCUCAAAUGGGAACAUGGACGCGCAAAGACACAAGUCGCAUACUAUUGCGCUACGGGAGGUACAUCGGGGAAGCAGAAACUCGCCAAAAUCUCGCACUACAACUUCAUCGCCAAUGUUAUACAAGCAUGCAUGCACGAGAGCUAUGCUAAGUCCGGCCGAAACGAGAUCGCAUUCGGCGCUAUUCCGCUGACGCAUGGUUAUGGCUUGAAUAUCGGGCACAUCAUGGUCUACCGCGGGGAUACCUAUGUGAUCACCCCACGAUUCGACAUGCAGCUGAUGCUGAAAACGAUCGAGCGGUUCCGUGUCGAGAGGCUAUACGUUGUCCCUCCAAUUCUCGCGGCGUUGGCUGCAAACCCUUUCCUCCUCGAUCUCCACGACCUCUCCUCUGUUCGAGAUACCGUCACCGGCGCCGCAGCUCUCGAUCGAAAUGUCUCCUCCAAGCUCCAUCAACUUAGGCCUACGUGGAGUAUAAAUCAUGCAUACGGACUCACCGAAACCGGCGUCAUCGUGUCGCUCACGAGUCCGCACGAUGUCUGGCACGGCUCGUCCGGAUCUCUCCUACCAAGCUUCGAAAUCAGACUUAUCAGACCAGACGGAACCGAUAUCGAAAACCUGGAUGAGCCCGGCGAAGUCUACUUCAACUCCCCUAGUUGUUUCGUCGGGUAUGUUGGGGACGAAGAGUCAAAUAAAAACAUCUUCGAUGAGAAGGGGUGGCUGAAAUCCGGCGAUAUUGGCGUCUUCCGAACCUCGCCCAAGGGCUACCCUCAUCUGUUCAUCCUCGAUCGAAUCAAGGAUAUGAUUAAGGUUAAGGGCGACCAAGUCCUCCCCCGCGACAUCGAAUCCGUCCUCCUCUCGCACCCGGCCAUCACCGACGCAGCGGUCAUCGGCGUGGCCGACGAGCUCUCCGGCGAGCGCGCGAAGGCAUACAUCGUGCGCUCGAAAACAGUCAUGGAAGAGAUGGACGAGGAUGAUCUUGCCGACGAGAUCGAUGAGUUCGUCCAGGCUAGGCUGCAUGAGUCGCACUGGCUGCAGGAUCGCAUUGUGUUCUUGGAGAAGCUGCCGAAGAGUGAGGCUGGCAAGGUGCUGAAGAAGGAGUUGAGGGCGUUGAAUUGA